UCUUGAAUAUUGUAUGUUGAAGGAGAAGGAAAGACAUGGAUUCCUUGUCAAAGCAUAUCAAUACUGUAGCAGAGUUUUCGCAAUCAAUCAAUCAGUUCCAGGAUGUUGAUAUAUUCCAUCAAAUUGUUGAUUAUUCUUCUGAGAGUACUCAGCAAUGUCUGGAUAUUCAGCCUCAUCCUUUAGCCUCUUCUCAACCUCAUCCAACCUCGCAAAUACUGGAUCUGGAGAACGAAGUACUUGAACAAACUCUGACAGUACAGCUUAUAGAUGAUACUUCAAGGAUGGAUGUUCUUUCAGGGCUAAGGAAUAUUCUCAGGAGUGAGGAUUGUAGAAGGUUGUUAUGUAGAGAAGGAAAGCGAGGUGGAAGAUUUUAUCAUUAUCUUGCUAAAUCUGGAGUUCAUUUAUCUAGACCUGCAUCUACUGCACUUUGUAACUCAUUAUAACCUCCAACUAAUCUGCUACCUGUAUAUAAACUAUCUUUAACUGUAAUCUAAUCCAACGUAUCAACAAUGAACCUGCUGCUAGAUCGGCAGAAACUUAGUCUAUUUUAACUAUUAACCUGCAAAGCGAAAACUUGAACUAUAAACCUUCUCCAAAUGCAACCUAUGAAUGUAAUCCCUAAAGCAUACACAGAAAAAAAACCCUAGACAUUAGUUUUCAAACUUCUGAAUGAUUUGACCCUAAAGAGAAUUUAGCUGUGCUAAUUUAUCCUUACUAACUGAAUAAUCUCUGUGUGAGAAAUAAUUAUAUAUCUAUAAUAAUUAUUGUUAUUGUACAUAAUUAAACUUGAGAAUAAAGCAAAAGCUUAAGAUUCAA